AUGGGUACAUCAUCAGCUAUGCCAAACGUGGCUCUGUUAGGUUACUGGGUUCUCAAUGUUAUCGUGAAAAAGAGUAUUUCUAAAGGUCGAUGGAAGUGGAGAAUUCCUCCAGGGAGACAUGGGCUCUACAAUGACUGUAUAACUCUGAUCUACGUUCCUGAUGGGUUCGAUGAAGCUGGUCUUGUUCAAUUGACUGAAGAAGGGCUGGAGGGCAGUACUACAGUUUUAUCCGAAAAGCGAGGAACAAGUAGAAGGGUUGAGAUGUUCACAAGUGCUGCUAUGCGCUCGGGCUUUGGCAGCGGCGGCGACCUUGUGGUUGACUUCCCUCAUUCUUGGAAGGCCAAGAAGCACUUCCUUGUACUAUAUGCUGGUUCCAACGCCACGGUGCCGCAAGGCCUGAUGGGUACUGCUGAUGGGAAAGGUUGA